AUGCUGAUCAAAUACGACAACAGUGAAAUUCACGUUCAACCCGAAGGUUUUCAGCAAACGCUUCAUUUUCGCUCAUUCCUAUGCACUGCAAAUCAGAGUAGCUCGACUAUUCAAAUUAAGAGGGAAGCUCAACCGAGGUUAUGGCCUCUAAUAGAUGCCAUCGGACCGAUUCGGUAUCGUUUCAUGUGCAGUUUGAAUGUGUUUUGGGAAACGCUCAAUCGAUUACACGAAGCACAAUCUUUUGAGUUCAGUACUGGUGAACAGUUUGCUUUGAAUUUGCUCAGCCUCGGUAUACACUACUCAUAUGUAACAAACGAACGUGUAGGCAUUAUCUACACUUUGGGACAACAGGCAAACCCAUUACGAUAUAAACUAUCGUACUUUUACGAUCAGUUUGAUCGUUUUCAGCACGAGGAUGGAUCAGUCUCAAAUUACGGUACCAGAGAUAUGAAUGGAAGUGUAUGGUUAUCGGCACUGAUGUUACGAGGCCUGGCAUUGGCAGGUCGUACGCGAAAUUAUCUGGACCACUACAAAAUCUCAGAGCUGGUAGAUUUCUUGGCCACAAGUCAAAGGAAAUACACCGGCUGUUUUCGGGAGACUGGACUAACAAUGCCAUACCUGUUACACGGCACACACAGUUUCCUCAAUCGUGCACUGCACAAAACUGUGCUCGCAGCAUACGUGCUUGUGGCACUGAGUGAAAAUCCAAUGCCGCUAAGCUUUCCGCAUCAUUCGGAUCUUCAAACAAGUGCUAAUCAGAUUGCUACGGGUGCCAUUAACUGCCUGCUUCCAGUUCACACUAAUCGUCACGUUAAAAAUUUGGAAGAAAUGUCUAACUAUGCACUUGCUCUGGUCACCUAUGCAACUCACUUCAUUCCCAAUAUUUGGGAUAGGAUAAACAAUAGAACGAUGCCUAUGUUACACAAUCGAUUACGGACCAUACACAGUCCGCAUGGAAACAUGCUUUAUUUGCCUGAAAACGGUGAUACGGAGUCGACCGAGACCAUCGUAAGUCCGGUCACGAUGGAAGCAACGGCGUACUACUAUUUGGUCUUGUCAAGCACGAGUGAUGCUAUGGAGAAAAAGGUGGAACUUAUCCGGUUUCUUGUUUUUCAUCAUGACUUUCAUCCGACAACUUGGCUCACGCAUGCCACAGUUCAAGUAUUAAUGGCAUUGGCGGAUUUCUCAUCUAAACAUUUAGAUAUACACGGACUGAGUACACUUGCCUUGGGAUGCCAAGCACAGAUUAAUCCGGCAAGACAUCGACAAGAAAUGUGGUUGGCUGAACCAGACAAGCAUCUGGCAAAAUGGAGUUCCGCCGAGGAAAUGACAGCAGAACAGAUGCAUGAAAUAGUUUUCAACAUCAAAAACUUAGUCGAUCGUCAAUGCGUUCUUGCUCAGACCGAAUUUACUUACACUGUUCCUUAUGAACAUGCGUUUGAAGAGUCCUGGGCCAAAUUUCGCGUGCAUGCUAGACAUUGGGGUAGGGCGCAUUGUAUCAGUCCCACGGUUGAGAUUUGUAUGGGGAUAAAUCCACCUGGUGAUCGGUUUUAUCCUAGUUUGCCAAUGGACGUCGGCACAGUGGUGAUAGAAAUUUGGCCUCCGGCCAGUUAUUCCAUACCUGAACGAAACUCAUCAUUUUGGCGUACUUAUAAUCAGUCUGCUGAGGACAGACAGAAGCCUAGACAUAUCGAUUUCGGACCCAACGGCGAAGUGCUCUUUCUAUUUGAUGGAUGGAGUGAAGAAGAGGCUCGUGAAAAGAUGUACCUAAUGGACUUACGAAGAUGCGUUCAGGUGCAGUUCAAUCAGGUGUACUAUGCUGAACACGCUCAACCACUCGUGUUCAAAGGCUACGACCUGCACCGACUUUAUCCGGUUUCACGAGGCAUAUACCGAUUCCCCGAUUGUCGAUCGUCGCAUAAUUUGGAUGAACGAGCUGUACAAACAGAGGAGUUCGAAUCAACAAUCAAUGCCCCAUGUCCAGUAUGCAUUUCCAGUUUACAAGAUACACUGUUUGCCGGAAAGCAGUUUGAAGAUUUUGUCGGUACCAAACAAGCAGAUGCAGUUCUAUUCAGACCCAUCGUUGAUCUUUUCAAAUUUGAGUCAACCGUGAUGCUUUUCACUACGAGAAUGAAGAACCAGUCAAGCUAUUGGUUCACCCAAGUGCGUUUACCGAAUUCGCGGUGUCACUGCAACAUACCAUAUGGCACUAGGUAUGCUUUAACCUUCUCCGAUGUUCAAUUUGACUACUCUUCUAGAGAUAAUGCAUUUGAUUUCAAACUGUCCGAGCAUACGAACAACGUUUAUUUGCUCUUCAUUCGCAAUCCAUAUGAUUUGAUUGAUUCCCUUCGUAAGGUCGUAAAUCAAUGCUUUGUGUGUCAGACCCUUAUGCGAUUGCUACGCAGAAUCGACUGA